GCAUUCAGUUUCAACGUUUUGCGAAAUUUCCAAAUACCUGACACUUUAAUCGCAUUUUCUCUGCUCCGUGAAGAGUCAUCUGUUUCAGCCCAAAGGAAGUGACAGACAUUGCAGCAUCACAGCUUGUGAAAUAUUACAUCAAAGCUGCAAGACUGCUCAGACUGUUUUAGCGCCUGUCAUGGUACAAUCAAGACUUUGGGGUUGGUGCAAGAAGAGGACAACUAUCUCCUGCAGCCCUCUAGGGGGCCAACCCUAUUGGCUGCCUUUGUGUUAUCGCCUCUGAUCGGGGGGCCAAUAAGAAGACAGCCGAGGGUUGUGACCCCGUCAUAUACGUCAACUCUGGAGAUGAAGUUUACGUUUUUCUUCAAUCUGGAGAAGUAUUCUUUUUGUUCGUUGUGUUUUAAUAAAACAUCAACUAAAGGUAUUACCUUUGUGCCUAUGAGUUAUUUACACAACAUUCCAUCUUGUCAAGAGAAACUAAUACGAACUUUGAAAUUUACCACAUGUAGAGAUUUUCCUCUGCGAUCAGCAGGUAAAAUAAAAUUUUCUUCCCUUUUCAUUAAAUCUAUCAAACUAAGCAGUGCUGGCACCUUGGUGCUGUGUGAGUGGUACACACCUCUGUUGAAAUGCAAACUAUGACAAGUCAUUGCAUUACAUAUUUUCCACAAGUACUGGCAUUUUCUCUACAAUUAAACUGAAAAGGAAACAAAUCCAUUAGAAGGAAAUAAAAUAAAAAGUUGAUAAAACUUGGUUGCAGCCAAAAGCUGAUAAGCUAAAAACUUUAAUCAUUUUUUGCUGUAAUUUUAGCUUUCAGACUAUCAGCAUGCUACAUCUUGACAAUGUUUUGCCACUCUCCCUUUUAAAAAUAACCCAACUUUAUCAGAGCCACAGACUUUUUUUAAUAAACCCUUACAUUUUCUGUCAGACUUGGUCUUUAACUUUGGCUAAGUUGAUCCAAAAAUAAAAUUUUCUGUUUAUUUUGACCUCUAUUUGGAGUCUGUAAUGCUGAAAGACCAAAGCUUACUAAGACAUUUUAAGAUUUUAUGUAUGAACUCGUGGUAAUUUCACAGGAGUGAAUUGGAGCUAACAUUUUCUAAAAUAUUAGCUCCACCUGAAGAAAAGUAACUCCAGAUCACGGUUCUGCCUCCAAUAUGGUUAAUUGUAGAUAUGGUGUUCUUUUGAUAAAGUUCUUUGGUGCUGUUUUUUGUUUUGUUUUUUUGUCAAUUUUACCUUUUGAUAUUGUGGCUCAAACUUUAAAGCUGGUUUCAUUCCACCAUCAGAAGCUUUUAGCAAGUUUGGAUGUCUUCUUUGCAAGUUUUAUUUAUCAUUUUAGAGUCCAACUUCUGAGUUCAGACACAUGGAGAACGUUUCCACCUUAAACGUUAAAACCAGACAGGUAAUUUGCAGUCUUUGGCUCUGACUGAGAUUCUGAAAAAUCUAGUCUUUUCCAUUCAUUCCCAAUGACGCAUUGCAACUAGAAAAUUAGAAAUGUUCUUUUUUUUUAUUUUUUUUUUAGAAAACUCAGAAUAAUGAGAACGAGCUACAUGCCAGACACAAGCCUACAGGCACGACCAGAAAGACGCACACACACUCCAGUUUAUUUGGGAUUUUCCGUGUUCAGCCAUCUGACUCACAAUCGGACUUUGGCGGUCCUGGAGAACACUCUUGCCUGAUAUUGAUUGGCCUGUCUGCGCUGAGACAGAUGAAUGCAUUAGUACCCAGCUCACCCUGCCACUGGAAAUAUAUUAAGUUCAUGUAUUAGGCACCCUGUCUGGUUGCCAUGGAGAUGCACCAGCAGCAAGGGAUCGGGGAGAAGAAGGAUGGGGGAGUGGAGGGACGAGGAGGCGAGCGGGGGGAUACAGGAUGUGAUGAGGCAGUUGAGUUGAUUUGUAGUCCUACUCCCUCUUCGUUUAUUUCUGUCUGUCACUCGAGCGUCCGCUCUUACCUCCAUCCCCUCCUCUCCCUUUGUCUCAUGACUUCAGUUUCUUUUCGCUUGAGAAAACUGUGUGAACUUUGUCAGGAAAAACAUUCAAUUUUCACCUCAUCAAUUAAUUUUGUUCCUCUUUUGUUCUUCGUUUCCCCCUCUGACUGGCUCCCGACUCGCCAUCUGCCAAUUUCCACAGCUCUCUCGUUUAUUGGAAAUUGAAUAAAAUUCUAAUUUUACUUGAAUUUUAUUGCCAGCAUUCCUUCUUGCUUUGUCCUGACACAUACCUAGGCGUUUAACUCCCCUUUUAUCUGCCCUUCUCCUCCUCAUCUGCGCCACCUCCCUCCUCGGCUCACGCCAUCUCUGUGCUCUGCAGUAAAACUGGUGCAUUGAGGCAGCAGGAAAUGGGGAAUAGAGACAAUAGAAUGGAGGAAAUACAGACCCAAACACAAACCCCACAAGCUCAUAGACACUUGGAUGUAUGUAAAGUAUGUCUUUAAGGCUCUCAAGUUGCUCUUGCAACCUGAAGAAUUAGAAUUUUUUCACAUGCUGUCACCAUGGAAGCUGGAUUUGAAGAAAAACAAAAAAGAAAAAAUUGCUCAGUUUGGAGCUCUUGCUAAAAAUAUGCAUGGCUGUUUUGUGGCUUGCAAGUGUUAGUUUGCUGGUUUGCCCCUCUCUGAGCUGCUAUAACUGCUUUAUCAAGCCGCAAGUCAGUGGUCGGCUGUGCACGGGUUUUGUUGUGGAAGAAACUGGAGUCCACAGCGUGGACGAAUGCUUCAGGAUGCUGGAACGCAUAUUCACUAUGAAUGAGAAAGUGACAGAGGCUGGAAGAGCGGCUGGAGGUUUAGAAGGCAAGCUGAAGGAGAUCCUAGAAGCAGAGAUCACACCCAUAGUGACAGAGUUUCGGGGAAAGCUGAUUAUGGACACUGUGUAUAAAAGCAGGUUGCAGAAAGCAGCAGACAAUUUCAUUGCAGCUGCCUCCAAACUGCCUAGAGAUGAUAAGUGUAUACCUCCAUGCGAUACAAGAUUGACUGCUUUGCAAACUGCAGCCAAUAGCGUGUCAAGCCCAGGUUUUCAGAAUAUAGAUGCGGCGUACAACUGCGAGACCUGCCGGUACGACUCCUGCUUAUUCCCACUAGACUGUCCAGUUGAAGAAAUUGAAGUAAUGGAGAACAGAGGAAUCGAAAUGCAGUGCAAUGUGCCAUUUGACCUACCAAGUGAUAUUGAGGUGGCCUGGAGGUUUGCAGAGGAGUUCAAAACGCAGGACUUGGAGCAGUUUCAGGAGGUGACUGCAGGACCCGACAGGCUUUACUCCAUUUCAUCAACCAGCUCUCUGAAUAAGGGCACCUACCAGUGUGAGAUUUUCUCAGGCACUCGAUCCAUUGUCAGGCUUUACUUCUACGUCGCAGUGACUCCCCAGCCUGUGGCAGGCCACACAGCGCUGCAGGGGAUAUUUGACCUGUCUCUGCUCCCAAGAGGGCAGUUACCCACCGCGCCUGGUGCUCCUCCUCACUUCUUCCUCCACCUCCUCCUGUUACUUCUCACCACCUGUUUAGCUACUUCACUACUGCUGCUGUUCAUCUCCCUGGGGUUCCUGUACUGGUUGUCAGUAUCGGAGGUAGACCAUCCUGUAGCGGAUUCGGAUGAAGAAGAUUAUUUUGGUGUUUCAUUGUUAGCAAUAUGAGAAAUAGCAACUUGUAUUAAAAAUGUACAUAAAGUACUGGAUACUCUGUGAAGCAUUAUGUCAUACUUAGAUGUAAAUGUGUGUGUAACUCUUCUCACCACUAGAGGUCAGGAUACACAUUUUUCUGAGAAUAAUUGACAAUGACUUUCUGUAUGCAUACAGCAUUAUAACGAGUUGUUUUAAUCAAAGUACAGCAAACAUGAGAUGUGUCUUUGUGAAAAUAUAGCUCAGUAUUUGCAUAUUUAAAUCUACUUUUUAAAUUCCUAUGCCAGCUAAUAACUACAAUCAGAAAUAGUUUCUUUAAAUAUAAUUACAACAUUGAUAAAAUGGUAAGUUUACCUUUUUUUUAAUACCUGGAUUAAAUAUUAAAACUUUUGCUUGCUCUCCUGUCAUGUGCAGUGACACACCAGUGUAAAAAUCUCAGGUCACAUUUUUCCAUUGAUUACAUCUUUAAUGGCCUUGUUUAUUUUUGUUCAUUUAAUUUUUACCCUAUUCUGACAUAUUACAACUAUAAUAAGCUUCACUGCAAUGUGUGUGAAAGAAAACAAAGCAGAACAAACUUGUGGAGUAGAAGGAAUUUAAGUUUCAAGCUCAUUCAAAAAGUAUAGAAGCCGUUCGAAUUCAACUUCCUUUUCCUCUUUGCUUAUUCAGGUCUACCAGUGUGUAAUUAAAUUUCAGGAUAAAGUCAGACGUUUUGCGAAAGCCUUGAAGUUUUUUUUUUUUUAGCAAAUAUAGGACAAAGAGCAUCAUGAGGAACAAAAAGGCUAUCAGAAAGAUCAGGA